CAAAUGGGUUUUAUCUAGUUCCAGAAAACGUAAUGGAAAUAACACAGAUCUCUUACGAUCAUGCAGUGAACUUCACAUGUGCAGUCACAGAAGUAUAUCCAACUCCAAAGUUGUUCAUGUACAAGGAUUUUAGAGACGAUCAGCAUAACAGCAGAAAGGACAGCAAAUCUGAAACCAGGGACUUUGAUUGGCUGCGAAUUGAGGAUUCCUGGUACAGGGUACGUGAAGAUCAAGAGUCAUUUGUUCUACCCAGCAGACAAAAGCUUCAAGAAAUAUGGGAUUGUUUUACACCAAAUUUUUGCCAAAACUUGGUUUUUCAGAUUUACAUCAUCAACUUCUACCGAAUCUAAUCUCUUUGGUGUUGUUUUUUACAAAUGCACUGUA